UAUUUGAAUUUCUAGUCACACCGAAACCCUCUAAACUACACAAAGUGAUAAGUAAGACGUUUGGAGAAUGAAUCAUAGGAGGACGCCCUGCCCCCCACUAAACACCACCGCAACCACAAUGAAGAAAUGUGUAAUUGCCUGUUCGUCUAUCGGUUCUCCGUCAACGUCGUGCUGUUCUCAUUGGCCACGAUUAUUCUCGUCCUCCGCAUGGUGAGCUGAUCCAGGAUGGGCGCGGGGAUCCCCUUCCAGCCGACAAAUUCUUGUUUCUUAUUAUCUUUUAUAAAGAAACCUUACUAAGCGCACAAAUAAAUAUUUGUUGAGCUGUGGAAAUGGUACAGGAAGCGGGGUACUGUGACGGGAUUAUCACUUGACGACGCACCUAAGCUCACAUCGACAUGACUCCAUUCAUAUGACUCCAACUCCAGCGCCAUUGUUCUGGCCCAAGUAUCAGGAAAGCAAAGGAACAACAGCGGAGUGCACUACAAUGGGACGAUUGUCCUGUAUGCUGGAUCUGGUCAACUUGGCUCAGUCCUCCCUGCGUUCCGGUUCGGUUUCCUUAUUCUUGGCUGGGAGCACCUCACAACAAUCUCGUUAAGCGUAAAGGCCAAAUUAUAGUAAAACUAACAGAAGGCAAAAGGUAAUCACAUAAAAAGCUUGUUAGAUAACAACGUGCGAGGCGGCGAAAAAGGAAGCGGACAUCCUGCACCCCGGCUCAUCCCCAAAAAGCAACAUGUCGAGCGUGUGAAUGUGCCUGGAUGUGUGGAAAAUGAUAUGGGGGCGGGCGGGAUGGCAGUGGGUUUGCGGUGCCUCCGCCCCCCCUCUUCCAGCUCCCAGAUCCUGAGCUAAGCUUUGUCAAGCGACAGGGUGUCAUGUUGAUGUGUAUGUCACUGGCAGCUGCUGCUUACAUGGCCCGGCUCCAGAUUCCCUCGCACUUCUCUGUCGAUACACUGAGAGAAUAUUACGGGAUUAUUAUGUCAAAUGUAAGAAUAGAAGACUGCAUACCAAGAAUAUAAUAAUGGGUUCUGUGGAGCUAUCACAAUUUGAACUUAUUUUGACUGAUAUAAUUCCAAUUUUAUCAUUGAAUUGAUCUCAGUGUAGCCAUAAGCCGGGGAUGAGUGUGCGUCUGAGUGAGUGUGUGUAUGUGUGUGUGGAUUAUAAUUGCCAUGCGGCUGUCAGUGACUGCAGGCGGCGCCUAACUGCACACAGCUGCAGAUGUGCGGCUCGUGUUGCAAUAUCAUUUUUAAUGCAAACCGCAUGCCACAUUAUGCAGCUGCAUUGCCACGUCACCGCUGCGGUUUCCCCAUUCCCAUCCGCCUUCCCCUUCCCCUUCCCUUCCCUACCCUUCCCCAACCUUCGGAUUUACCCUCUCAUCUUCAUCUCAUCUGCAAUCGCUCCUGCCGCUGAAGCUUUUCUUCUGCCACUGCCGGUCUUGUAGGAAAAAGCGGUAGCGGCUUGGCGAAAGGAACACA